GAUUCAAAGUAACACCCCCUCACCACAUGGUUAUAAGCAAAAGCACUGGAGUUGUAGCUGUAGUCAGAAAAAAGGAGAGCCAGGGACUUAGAACAACAAAUAUGCCUGGUUCACUAAAGCAGUGAUUUGGAAGCAUCGAGUCUCACGUAACAGCAGCAUUCACCUUGACAGACACAACACAGAAUCAACGCUGGAAUCAGGUACGUGCCACCAGGAGCCAAGUUGGCCACCAAGUUUUCAAAACACUUUUUGCUGUAAUUAAACCUUCCAAACCUACAGUAGGAAAGUUGUGGGGUGAUCAGAAAAUGUCUAUCAGAACAUCCAUCCACUUCAAAACUGGGACUGCAGGAAAGAGCAAGAAGAUGAAACUGCGGGACGUCCUGUCAGCAGACAUGAUUAGCCCUCCACUUGGGGAUUUUUGCCACAGAUCACACAUUGGCAAGAGUGGAGAGAGUGACACAUUUGGCGACAUGUCUUUCCUGCAGGGUCAGCACGAUCUCCUGUCAAGCUUGAGUACAUCAAAAGACCUAGAGGGCGGGGGCCCCCCAAAACCCCCUCGUCUACACCUGAAAGAGUCUCAGAAUCUGGUUCAUAAUGCGUCAGUCGAUCCCAUGACAGCAACUACCAAGACUACAAGAAAUCAACCAGUUGCUGACUCAACCACCCUCCACCACAACCCAUCAGGGGGCUCGCUGGAAGAACUACCUGAUGUUCAGAAAGCCAAUGAGAAUCAGCAACAAACUGAAGAUUUAAAUGAACAACAGUGCCCAACUGAGACUACGGUUUAUGAGUCUCCGGUGGACUCCAUGUUUUCAUUUAAGGUAGAUUUGGGACCUUCAAUACUGGAAGAUAUUCUCAAAGUUAUGGAUAAUUAUACAUCCUAAGACUUCACAUUAGUCAUUUUGUUAGCUGUUGAAGAAUGGCGGCAAAUUACAAAAGCUUUGGACAUUAGGCACAAUAAUGCCAACUUUCAUUUGGAAGGCUAAUGGCACCCUAAUGCAUCGAGUUGUCAAGGAAAGAAAGAUGCAUUAUUAAUUAACAUUUAGUAAUAAGCAAGGCUGGAAAAUUGUAAGUAAACAGAGAACAGUAUCAUAUACAUAUCAAAGCAAACAUUGUAAUGCCUAUUAUCAACUGAUCUCUAAAACAAAGGGCUAAGAGGGAAUCGCGUAGAAAUGUGGUGCUUGCAAAGCUUACGCUGCUCGAGGGUCAUCUGCAUGGAGGCUUGCAAAGCUUUUCGAACCAACACAAGCACUUUUAGUGCAUUGUGAUCCAUAUCUAUUUCCCACUCCCCGCAAAAGGUGACAGCUUAUCGUUCCCAAGCCUCUGGAAUUUAGCGAGAAGCAGCACCGGACAUAGACGGGAAUCUUCAUUCUCCAAAUUACUCCUCCUUCCACUUGAACCAUUUUGCUAACAGCAGAACCAAUGUAAGUAUGGGAGAAGCCCAUUCAGCCCCAACUACUGAAUCAGACCACAACUGACUGGUAUAACUCCACUUACCAAUCUUAGAUCUUCUCAACCUUAACAUCCUGCGCAACAAAAGGCUGUCAACCUGAGACUGAAUCUCCGGCUUCAAUGGCUUUCUUUGAGAUGGAAGGGGAUAAGGAAGGUGGAAGUUGCAGAUUUGCACCCCCUCUGCAUGAAAAAAAUGCUUCCUGACAUCACCUUUGAAUAACCAAGUUCCAAUUUCCACUUUAUUUAUAUGGUCUGUUUUUCCAGAUUCCCGAAACAGAUAUGAAAUAGUCAGCUCAAUUACACCACUAUUUAAUAUUCCAAGCUCUCACAUCCAACCUAUACAGCCUGUUCUAAUAAUUUAACCUUUAAAAUUGAACAGUGCACAUUUGUUAAGGAAAAUCACAUUCUGUUAUCUGCUGCCACAGUGCCCUGGAGUAGUCAACACAGAUAACAGAAUGUGAUUUUCCUUAACAUUUCCUUUACCUGAACAAUCUUACCGUGAGAGGAGUCUUGAAAAUUUAGUUUAUUCCAGCACUCAGUCUUUUGGCAGGGGUGAUAGAAUAUUCCGGGUUUCUACCAACCUUUAUGUGAACAGAUUCUUCUCAAUCCCACUCUAGAAUGGGAUAACUCCCUUUGAGUUAGGGAACAUCAGAAUUUAUGGACUUAAAGGACCCAAAAUCCACCUUUUUUGUCUUUUAUUAUCCUAAUGCAUACAGUAACAAUGGAGUCAUUGACCUGAGUACUCAAUCUAUCAUUAAGACAAAGGCACAUGAUUAGGAACCCUAGUGGUGGCAAACAUUGGAAAUUAUAGGUCAAUAGACACCUGCAGAACAGUUGUUAUAGCUCAGACUGCUUACAUUCCCAAAAUAUUACUUUCCAAAACAAAAUCUAGUUAUUCUUCCUGCUUUGAUCUCCCUUGGAACAGAAUGCACAGAUUGAUCACUCACUCACUCACUGAAGUAUUUUUAAAAAUUAGUUCUAUAUCUACCCCUUUCAAUGUAGACUCUUCCUCUGGUUCUCCAAUUCUGAACAAGAUGGAACAUACUCUGGGUUUAUCUACAGCCUUUGUAAUCCUAAAUCUUCCACUGAGAAUAUGGCCAAUUCACACAAUACAAUCCUUCUGGCUCCUCAAAUCAUUCUGGAUUCUAUUUUUCAUAAUAUUUCAAUCUCUGCAAUAGUCUUUAUGUACUGCAGUGACAGACCCACACAUAACAUUCCAAGCACAAUUGCAAAGAUUUAAAAAAUCGCAAGACUACUUCAUCAUUUCAGCAUUAUUGCAAUAAUUUCAUUUUUCCAAGCAAACACAGAAAUCACUUUCACUUUUCAUGCAUGUUACUUUCCUUCUAAAUAAAUAAGAUUCCCUGGAUUCUUUUGUCCCCAUGCAGCCCUUUUCACAUCCCACCAAUUAAUUUAAUCUGGCACUUGUUAGCCCAAUUUCUCGAAUAGGUUAUUGCAUUCAGCUUGGUUUCUACUAGUUCAUUAACUUUGUAUUAUCUGCUAGAUUUAAGAACAUAACAACAACAGCAGGAGUAGGCAGUUCAGCCCCUUGAACCUGCUCCAUUUGAUAUGAUCAUAGCUGAUCUCAUCCCAAACUCAACUCCACUUUCCUGCCUGUUCUUCAUGA